UUCUCGGCCGAGUUGAGCCAGGCAGCGAGUGGCAUUCUCCCUGGAGGCAGCACCGUGUCCCUUCCACCAUGUCGCCCAAGAAAGCCAAGAAGAGGGCAGAAGGGGCCAACUCCAACGUAUUCUCCAUGUUCGAACAGACGCAAAUCCAGGAGUUUAAAGAGGCGUUCACCAUCAUGGACCAGAACAGAGACGGCUUCAUCGACAAGAACGACCUGAGGGACACCUUCGCCGCCCUGGGGCGCGUGAACGUGAAAAAUGAGGAGAUCGACGAAAUGAUCAAGGAGGCUCCCGGGCCCAUCAACUUCACCGUGUUCCUCACGAUGUUCGGGGAGAAACUCAAGGGAGCAGACCCCGAGGAGACUAUCCUCAACGCGUUCAAAGUCUUUGACCCCGAGGGCAAAGGGGUGCUGAAAGCCGACUACGUCCGGGAGAUGCUGACCACGCAGGCAGAGAGGUUCUCCAAGGACGAGAUCGACCAGAUGUUCGCCGCCUUCCCUCCGGACGUGACGGGCAACCUGGACUACAAGAACCUGGUGCACAUCAUCACCCACGGGGAGGAGAAGGACUAGGAGGGGCGCCGCCGCCGCAGCCGCCGCAGCCGCCGCAGCCGCCGCAGCCGCCGCAGCCGCCAGGAGCGCUCCGGCCCUGCCUCCGGCCCGUACGGCUUCUGUUCUCCGCCUGCGGCCACCUGCUCACCUGCCGGCCAGGGUGGCCCACAGACAACGCGCGGUCCCCUGCCCUGGCCACGGAACCGCCCAGAGGCUGCGUUCCAAUAAACGAGAGGUCGUGUG